AUGGGAGGACUGCAGUUCGAACCCCUUGGCCGCUCACUUGUUCAGCAUGGACCGUGGCAUUACCGUGAUGCUCGGUUCACUCAAGAGGACCAUGUCGAUCUUGGGGCUGCGAUCUUGCAUGCGGCAGCUAUCCCUGGACUGAACACUCGGCUGAGCCAGUUCUCGAAGGCCAGCAAGCCUCAGCGUCAAAGUAUUGGUGCAUCGAAAGGCGCUGAGGAGCCACCCUCGAUAUCGAAAUCACCGAAAUGUGCUUCACAGCCUGGGACAGUGGCGUUGUCGCCCAAGUUGUCGCCGUUAAUCGCAGCGAGCACAGCGCCGAGGGCUCUGGCAGGUCCUGUUUUUCCGUGGUCGUCCCUAAAUUCCAAUGCUGCCUCUUCGAGUAAGGUGUUUUUUACAUUUCCAGCAAAGGAGUGGCCUCCGCCUAUUCGACCAAGCCUCAAACGUCGGCGGCCGGAUUCUGAUGUCGACGGCCCAAAUACGGCAUCUCUGGGUUGCAAAAAGCGCCGGCUUCUGCGGAAUCUCGUGACAUCCCGCCUGUCGGAUCCAUUUUCGUUCCCGGCAACACACAUACUCACCAGGCAGUCGGCAGUAUCGGGCAGCAAGAGAUUUCUCAAACUUGCAGAAAUGGUAGCGACGAGGCGGUUAGUCACGGGCAUCGCUGCACAGUCGCAACUAGCACCGGCGCAGCACCCGCAGUUAUCAUCCUCGUCCUCGACAUGGUCGCUACAACGGGCAGCAGUGGUUAACCGCUUCAGACUGCGGGUUCAUAGAGAAGCUGCGGAGCGAGGCGACAGUGAGGUGGCCGACACAGCAGGGGAUGCUGCGUCGGCACAGCAAAGCGAAGGAGUGGGUUUGGUGGUUGGCGCACGGUUCCCCCCGAGGUCUGAAUCAGCCACCCCACCGCCUUGUCCGCCGGCGCCAGUGCUCCAACUGCCACAUCCAAACCAUGCGCACCCCCUACCACGAGCGGCUGGGGCAAGGCCAUCACCGCCAGGGUCACCAUCUAGUCUGCGGCCUACCGAGCCGACGACGCCCGGCCUACGGCUACCACCUAGCCCGAGACUAAAACCGCUGCGCUCGCCAGAGCUCAGGUCGACGCGGCCACUAAUAACCCUGGACGACAUUGACGAUAUAGACGACGAGAAUGUGGCAUUCCCAACAUCAGAACACGAGAGCCGAUACGAUGAUGAACCCGACGAUGUGUACGCAGACUUUGGGGUCAUCUUUGGCGGCGGCGGCGGCGGAGACGGCGACUCGUCGGAAGACGAAGUGGUGGAACACUUUGAGGAUUACAUGGACGACCUGGACGGGAUCCCCUGGAAUGCAAGGUGCUGA